AGCAAUGAUGUUGAACGCGCUGGGCCCGCGACACAAAAUCAUAGCAUCGGUGGUACUAAUUAGCUACUUCGCAGAGCCUCUUCCACCUCAACAUCAACACCUUGACGCAGCUUCAUCGGUAGAGCGGCAAUCUUUCCCCUCCACUUCCUUGGGACAUUACAGUCAGAUCUGAUCAUCUGAAUAACACCUUCGCCCCCGCUCGCAAGCAACACAAUUCACAAUGGUCGGACUCGGUCCAAAGCGCGCGCCCAGCCGCAAGGGCUCCAUGGCCGACAUGCCGAAAGACCUGCUCCAAGAGAUCAAGCGCUUGGAAGAGAUGUUCAUUGUGGAUACUACCAAACUGAAGGCAAUUACCGAUCACUUCAUCUCCGAGCUGGCCAAGGGAUUGUCAAAAGAGGGAGGCAGUAUUCCUAUGAACCCAACCUGGGUCAUGGGCUAUCCCACUGGCCACGAGCAGGGCACGUUUCUCGCAUUGGAUAUGGGCGGGACCAACCUGCGUGUCUGUGAGAUCAACCUCCCAGAAGCCAAAGGCGAAUUUGACAUCAUCCAAUCCAAAUACCGCAUGCCCGAAGAGCUCAAGACGGGAACUGCGGACGAGCUGUGGGGAUACAUCGCCGACUGUCUCCAGCAGUUUAUCGAAUACCACCACGAGGGCGAGAAACUUGACCAGUUGCCUCUCGGCUUCACAUUCUCAUACCCAGCAUCGCAGGAUUACAUCGACCACGGAGUGCUGCAGCGCUGGACCAAGGGUUUCGACAUCGACGGCGUGGAAGGCAACGACGUCGUGCCGCCGUUCAAUGCCGCCCUCCAAGAGCGCGGAGUGCCCAUCAAGUUGACUGCUCUGAUUAACGACACCACUGGUACUUUGAUCGCCAGUAACUACACCGACUCAGAGAUGCGGGUGGGCUGUAUCUUUGGAACUGGUUGCAAUGCCGCCUACAUGGAGCACGCCAGCGAAGUCCCUAAGCUUGCAGACUGGAAUCUCGACCCGAAACAGGAAAUCGCCAUCAACUGUGAAUGGGGAGCUUUCGACAACGAGCACAAGAUCCUUCCUCGCACCAAGUACGACAUCAUCAUUGACAAAGACAGCCCUCGUCCCGGUCAACAGGCAUUCGAGAAGAUGAUCGCUGGACUCUACCUCGGCGAAUUGUUCCGUCUUGUCCUCGUCGACCUUCACGAGCAGCCUCAUGUGCAACUCUUCGAAGGCCAGGACAUUUCCGCAUUGCAGAAGCCAUACUCGCUGGACGCCAGUUUCCUCUCGGACAUCGAGAACGAUCCCUUCGAGAACUUGCAGGAGACCAACGACAACUUUGUCGCGAAACUGAAAAUCCAACCCUCCAGGCCCGAGCUCGAACUCAUCCGCCGCCUCACCGAGCUCAUCGGCACGCGGUCCGCGCGAUUGAGCGCGUGCGGUGUUGCGGCCAUCUGCAAGAAGAAGGGUUACAAGACAUGCCACGUGGGCGCUGAUGGAUCGGUAUUUAACAAGUACCCCCACUUCAAGGUCCGCGGUGCACAAGCGCUCAAGGAGAUCCUCGACUGGACCGAAAGCCGAGACGGCCGACCCCUCGGCAAGGGCGCCGAUCCGAUUGAGAUCCUCCCCGCCGAGGACGGCUCCGGCGUGGGUGCUGCGCUCAUCGCCGCGCUUACCAUCAAGCGCGUCCAGGAGGGCAAGGUCAUGGGCAUCCGUGACGCAGAGGCGCUCCUGUCGGGCACUACGGCGAACAAGAAGGAUAAGCCUGUUGAUAAGAAAUAAGGGUGGGUAAAGAAUAAGGGUGAGCAAGGAGAGGAGCGCUGAGGGGUAGCUGGAACGAGUAUCACGAAGUGUGUAACGUCACGGCAGCUUUGGGUUAAAUUCCUUUUUGGUGUGUGUGUGUGUGUCUGUGUGUCUGUAUCUGUGUGCGCAAAUGAAGUGACGACGAUGCCAUGCCUUCGACGAACGAGAAUGCAAUGCCGCGUGCCGAACUGACUGGGAAGCAUUGAACAUGAGAAGUAGACUAUGAAAGAGUGUGAUCGGUGCAGGUGCUGGUGAAAUCAGGAAAGAUCGUGCUGAGAUCGACUUUCCCAUAUGUCUCGGAUCCG